AGUGGGCUUUAAGGAGCGGGCGGGCGGACAGCCCUGCUUCCCGAGGGGAUUAGCGCGGGGUGGGUGCGCACCUCUUGUCCGCCAUUUCUUGGCGUCUCCCGAGGGGCUGCCCUUUCUUCAGCCCCGUUCGGGACCCCUCCCUGGGGUCGCCCGCGCCUCCUGCCCCCUUCGCCGCCGCACCGCGGACGCCAGCCCAGUGACAAAAAUGCUGAGCUUCUUCCGUAGAACACUUGGCCGUCGGUCCAUGCGUAAGCAUGCUGAGAAGGAACGACUCCGAGAAGCACAACGAGCUGCCACCCACAUUCCUGCAGCUGGAGAUUCCAAGUCCGUCAUCACGUGCCGGGUGUCCCUUCUGGAUGGUACUGAUGUUAGUGUGGACUUGCCGAAAAAAGCCAAAGGACAAGAACUGUUUGAUCAGAUUAUGUACCACCUGGACCUUAUUGAAAGCGACUAUUUUGGACUCAGAUUCAUGGAUUCAGCACAAGUAGCGCAUUGGUUGGAUGGUACAAAGAGCAUCAAGAAGCAAGUAAAAAUUGGUUCGCCCUAUUGUCUGCAUCUUCGAGUUAAGUUUUAUUCCUCAGAACCAAAUAAUCUUCGCGAGGAGCUAACCCGGUAUUUAUUUGUUCUUCAGUUAAAACAGGAUAUUCUCAGUGGAAAAUUAGAAUGUCCUUUUGAUACAGCAGUUCAGUUGGCAGCUUAUAAUCUGCAAGCUGAGCUUGGUGACUAUGAUCUUGCUGAGCAUACUCCUGAACUUGUGUCUGAGUUCAGGUUCGUGCCCACUCAGACUGAAGAGAUGGAGCUGGCUAUUUUUGAGAAAUGGAAGGAAUACAGAGGCCAGACACCAGCACAAGCUGAAACCAAUUAUCUGAAUAAAGCCAAAUGGCUAGAAAUGUAUGGGGUUGAUAUGCAUGUGGUCAAGGGUAGAGACGGAAAUGACUAUAGCUUGGGACUAACUCCAACGGGAGUCCUUGUUUUUGAAGGAGAGACCAAAAUUGGCUUAUUUUUUUGGCCCAAGAUAACCAGAUUGGAUUUUAAGAAGAAUAAAUUAACCCUGGUGGUUGUAGAAGAUGAUGAUCAGGGCAAAGAGCAGGAGCAUACAUUUGUCUUUAGAUUGGAUCACCCAAAGGCAUGCAAACACUUAUGGAAAUGUGCUGUGGAGCAUCAUGCUUUCUUCCGUCUCCGACGCCCCGUCCAAAAGAGUUCUCAUCGAUCAGGAUUUAUUCGACUAGGGUCACGAUUUAGAUACAGUGGGAAAACCGAGUAUCAGACCACAAAAACCAGUAAAGCAAGAAGAUCAGCAUCCUUUGAAAGAAGACCCAGCAAACGAUAUUCUCGAAGAAUUCUACAAAUGAAAGCAAAUACAGCAAAACCUGAAGAACUCAGGGUUCACAAUAAUGUUUCAGCCCAGAGUAAUGGCUCCCAACAGGCUUGGGGUGUGAAGUCUACUCUGCCUGUGAUCCCUUCCAUUCCUUCUGGUCCCGUGCUAAUGGAGAUAGAGAAUCUUCCAAGGAGCCCUGAAACAGACCAGCACGACAGGAAAUGCUUGCUUCUGAAUAUCGAUUUGCUAGAUAGCCCAGACCUAAUGGAGACAACCAUUGAUGGUGUAACUGGGUCACCUGACACAAUGGAAACAUCUCCAGCACCAGAUGAAAUGAACAUUGCUACCAUGCAAACUGAAUUAGCGGAACAUGAAGUUGAAUGUGGGACAUUGAAAGAUGCCUCUGAGAAGCUCAGACAGCUUGAGAUGGAGAACAGUCAUUUGCCGUCCCCUCUUCCCAACGUCGAUGUUAAUGUCAACAACCAGGAAGAAGUGGUGAAGUUGACUGAGAAAUGUCUUAAUAAUGCCAUUGAGAGUCCAGGGUUGAAUGCUGUGAGAGUUCCUCCUGAAUUCAAGAGUAACAUCCUGAAGGCUCAGGUGGAAGCAGCGCAUAAGGUCACAAGAGAAGACGACAUAUCAAGUCAUAAAAGUGCUGACGUUCAGGAUGCUGCUGCAAACAGUACUGUAUUAAAUGAGAAUAACGUGUUCCUUCCUGAAGAUUCUCUUGCUCUGGUACAUGCCGCACCUGCAGGAAAUGGUUCUGUUCUAAAGGAUGCUACAGAUGAAUUGGAUGCCUUGCUUUUAUCUCUAACUGAGAAUCUACUUGACCAAACAGUCACACCUCAGGUGUCUUCAACAUCUAUGAUCACACCCAGAUGGAUUGUGCCACAGAGCAGUGUCAUUUCUAAUGGACUUGCAGGAAGUGGAGUGUCCUUGCCCGGGAAGGAGGGACAUGGUAAUGAAGAAGCAGCCUCGCUCAUUUCUCCCCCAGCCCCAUUCUUGGUGGAUGCUGUGACCAGCUCUGCUCCGACUUUGACCAAAGACGCCAUCUUGAAGCAGAAGUGUUUACUGACAACCGAGCUCUAAGGGAUUGCUCCUUCCCCACCUGUAACUGGAAUGCCUGACACUCUUCAGCAGUCUGUUCUGGAAUCAGUUUCAACUGGAAGAUGUUAGAUUCAGGAGCUUGUCCUUUACUUGUAGGUAAAAGGCUCUUCCUAGAUUGGACUUCAGUUCUGUGAAAAUACAGCUACACUUUCCGUCCAACCAGAAGGAUUUAAUCAUGGUGCAUUUCUGCCCAAGUGAGGGUGUCUGGUUUUUUAUUUUCUAUAGUGUUUUUAAAGUUGUAAGUUCCUGAAACUGGACAAUUACUUUCCUUGCGAUUUCUUUCAAACUCUUGGCUCCCUCUAGUGGCCGUAAUUGGUCCUGAUCACCCAUAAUAGUCCUUUUGAAUGUUAUGUCCCUCAUUAGGAUCCGGGUGAGUGUGCUUGAUCUGAAUGCCUAUUAGAGAAAUUGCACAUUUCCAAGCAUUACAUGGAAAUCAGGAAUUUAGGAAAUUGAUGAGGACACUAUGUAGGAGAUUGUUCAGGACCAGCUCUUUUACAAUUAUCAAUACACUAAAGAGAAACUUAGAAUACAGAGGGUUUUAAAUGCCUCCCAUACUUUUCACCACAGAGAUAUCGUUGUCUACUAUAUUUUUUAGCUCCGCCUUCCCACAGGAAUCUCUUGUAUUCACUGCAGACAUAUUCUCUAACUUUUCAGCCUAGAAGUAUAGGGGAUGGGUUGGGUGGGGGUUACUGUUGAAGAGACCCUGGGCCAAGAGUCUGGAGGCCUUUACCUUCAGGCUCUCUCACUCCUUCCUGAGCCAGGUGGGAAAACGCAGACUUGGGGGCAAAGGGGCCAGCCCAGACCAGCAGUUUCUGGGGCUGUCACUUCUCCACAUGGGUCCCUAUUUGGAAGUAGGUCCAUUUCCUUUCAAUAUAAGCUGAAUAAAUUUAGAGUUUUCAAACUCUGAAAAAAACAAAAACACCAGGACAAGAAUGGGGGAAUGGGGUGCAGUUUGUUUCUUAAACGUCUACCUUGUAUGAAACUAUACACAACCUACUGAAAUAACUCACACUGGGAAUUUUGUUAGUUUAAAAAAAAGUUUUCUAGAAUUUACUCAUCAUUUUUUAUCUGUUCAAAAAUACUGUAUAGUCUCAAAUUUUGCCUGGCUAAAGAAAACUGCAGUUCUAAGUCAGCUUGCUGUAGUGGACUAUGGGCUCUAAUUUUUUUUUUCCAAAAAAUAUUUCAGAAUGUGUAGGUAAUAUAUGCUCAUUACAGAAAACUACGGAAGAGUAUAACAACUACAAGCUGUAAUCCCAACACCCAGAAAUAACAUUUUUUAUCUUUAAAACUUCAGAAUGAAUAGUGUAAACCUCAUUGCUAUGGGAAUGGUCUAGGAACCAUGUUGGCAAAGUCAUCGUUAAUCCCUUGUUAUCAGGGACUGAUGCGAAGCUGUACCUCCUGAAAUUUGUUUCGGGGUUGUUUUCUGCCCUGUGAUGUGUAUAUAAUUGAGCAUUAACUUAUACUGCUUAGCUUAAAAGUACCUACUUUUAUGACGUUUAAAACUCUGUGGUUUGGAGUACUCUGGGCUCCUUGUAGCAUGUGUUGGACUGGAAAGCUCAGGAAUUUUACUCUUGCUCUGUCUCCCAGGGAGCUGUAGGGAUUGGAAACCACUUUUGCACAAAAUGAUUUUGUUGUUGGAGGAAAGAAAGUUGGCACUUCUUGCUGGCUGCCUCCCCUUAGCCAUUAUGCUAAGCUUGUGAUUUCAUUGUGGAGAUCUUGCCAGUUCUUAAUUGUAAAACAAAAUUUCUCACAGCUGUAAGUGACCCCCGGACCCAGGGCCUGGACCCAGGGCCUUGACCCAGGACAUGUUGGACUGGACGUCAAUAUGUUAAUGUGAUCCUGACAACCAACCCUACGUGUGCUGAAAGACUGAGGUUGUUUUCUAACCAUGGAGCAGCUGAAGCCAUUACUAGCUUGAAAUGUCUGAAUUUCCCACCCUGCUUAGGAAGUAGCAUCAUCCUUAUUUUAAAUUUUCUAAAAUUUAGGAAUUCGGUAGCAGAAAGUAUCCUAUAACCUUUGUAUCUUCAGGUACCUGCAUUCUUGCCAGUCAGAAUAUCGAGAGGGAUUUUCUUAAAAUUCAUUUGAAUCCCAAGCAAAGAGGAAAUUUUAUUUGCUUGUUCUGGCAUGAAGUGGUAAACAUGGAGAUUUAUACUUUAAUGGUGUAUUAGCCCUGACUAAUUCAAGAUUCGAUACCAGGCAACUAUAAGCUUCUUGUCAUAUCUGCUGCCCGUCCCACCCUCAGAGCUGCUGUAACACUUGUCCUCAAAAGGGGAAGGGAGCUGAAAGCUGCGAACGUGUCAGAUGGGGAAGGGGAAAGGUCUGUCUUUGAGGGAAGAGAGAGGCAAGUGUGGAUCAGUAAAGAAUGUGCACAAAAAGAGAGCUUAGAGAUGCUGUCCGGGACGAAGGCAUUUGGGCUGAGGUGGCGCCACAGGCUGCUGACUGUCAGGGCAGGGUACUAGAUUACAAAAGGUAAAAAUCCACCUGCACAUCUGAAUUAUCUGAUAAACGAAGUAAAGCUCUGAUCCUCAGAUGAAGUAAAUAACCAACUGGCCGUUCAAAAUGAGUUCUAGGUGGAGAGGAAGCUUUUCAGUAUCUAGACAAAGGUUCCCAUACAAUAGUAUAAUACAGCUAAAGAGAAAUAUUGGCAAUGUUUAAUUAACUGAAGUCUAGAGUAAUGAGAACAUGUUUGCAAAGAGAACAAGAACAAUAGUCUCUUUGAUCCACUCCAGCCUAGGAAGCAGUUAGCGUCCUUCCAUCUGGUGGCAGCUUGGAGGUGAUUUAUAGCCUGUGCUAUAGCCACAGGGCCCAACCACUCUGUGGUUUCUUUCCAGAUUUUCUGGUACCAGAUUUUACUGUGAUAGUUCAUUAGUAACAAAUAUGAUCAAACUUGUGACUGUGAGCAGAUUUUAGGAAGGCACUUAGAAAGUGGUGGGCUUCUUCUGUCCUCUUGCCACUGCCCAGGUGGUCUCUGAGGACUGCCACGACCCACCAUUGCUGCCACUUCUGAUGGUUUGCAGUGCACUGCUCUCAGACCGUGCAGAACCGUGCUGUGCUGCCUGCCUGCCAGCUGGGCCGCCAGAGGGAGCAGAAAGGAGAUGAAGCUCAGAGCCGUCCCUUUCAGAGCCCUGGUGGCAAGAGUCGGCAUGGGUAUUUAAAAUAAGAUCUAUAGGUUUCAGUUAUCUUCCCUAGACUCUUCCUCAGAACUUGUAGGGUCAUAAAUGAGAUGAUCUAUGGUGUUGACUGCGUGUCGCUGUGUUGCCUUGGUGCAGAAGGGAAGGGCUUGUUGGUGUUUCAUUCCCUCCCUUCUGGAGACACAGCUGAAGGCAGAAUGCUUAGGUGGCUCGGAUGCUUCUGUCCUUUGCUCUUUAUAAAUUCAGACAUUCUCUUAGCUGUUUUCCUACCAUUCUUAUGUUGGUUGACAGAAAAAUCCUUUUUUAAAAUAUUUGUUGUAGUCUCACAUUUUGUUUUUACCUUUAUAAAGCUUUUGCACAAUCACAGACAUUCUGUGGACAUUUAAGGAUGAAAGCUCUGAGUUGUUCCUGGAACCUGUCCUGCUUAUUCUCUUGUGCUCCUCAACUCUAAAACUUGUACCUCUGUCUUCUUUUAGAUGAGCCCACAAAUGAAAGCUCAGAUGUCACUGCAGAAACCUUGUCAGGGCAGAAUUAUCUGGAAUUCACUUACAUGGAGAAAAAUCUUUCCUAUUUCUCUAUAAGUAGGGGUUUUGAAAAGCAAAGUUCCUGUCUUCUCACUAAGAACAGGAGUCAGCACACUUUUUCUGUAGGGAACCAGAGAUAGUAAAUACUUCCCCACUUAACCCUGCCAUUGCAGCGCAAAUCAGCAUGUCAGGAGCAAACAAAUGGGCAUGGCUGUGUUCCAGUAAAACUUUAGUUAAAGAAACAGGUGCUGGCCCAUGGUUUCAGGCUUAGUAAAGUGGUGGAAUGACUGCCUGGAGUCAGACAGGUAUUCAGACAGGCUCUGCAGCCAGUUCUCUGUCGCGUGGAGGCGCCCGGCAUUUCUAGUCCUGGACACCCUCCGUCUCACGGGUGGCACUGGCAGAGGCAGUCCCGCUCUCCCCGCUCUGAGAGCCUGCGGAGCACACUGGGUCUUGAUACUUGUGCCCUCAGCCUUUCAGUUGCUUAGAAACCUGGACUCUUUCUGCAGACUGAAGAAUGCACAUUUCUAUAUUAUUUGUCCUUUUUUUUUUUCCUCUUACAAAUUUAAGCUCUCUGGUCCUUAAAUGAUUAGAAGAAAGUUGGAAACUUUUCCUACCUGUUAGCCCCCAGGUUGAGAAAAUCCAUGUGGAUUUUAGAAAUUGCUCUGAGCUGAACCCUGCAUUUAUUUACCAGUUCUAAAAGAUGGGGUACAUAAGUCCCUGUUUUGUUACAUAAAGACAAUAAUGCAGUCCCUUCGCAGGAUUUCUGUUUAUUAGAGAGGCUUUUUAUAGCACAGAUCCCUAGUUCUUUUUAUCUUCCUGUCUGGAUAGCUUAGAUGGUGAUGAGGACCUCAUUAACUGUUUUGUGUUUACUCUUUUUCUAUGUGUAAAACUUUGCAAUAGCUUUUAAAGUCUAAUUUAUUUUUAUAUCAAGGGCACUCUUCAUGCAGUAUGGCCCGCGGCUUUCUGUGACUUGUAUUAGAAGCAUGGCACUGAACUGUGAGUUGUUUGUACACUGGAAUGAGAACUGUAGAUGUGGCCCACUCAAAUAAAGCUUGUUGGAAACAUU